AUUUCAGUUCCUUCCACUCUACUUUUUUACUUCCUCUAUCGUCAUCUCUCAUUUCAACCCUUUCCUUCCCCUGUUUCUGAAUCCCACAAUCUAACAACCAUUCAACCCCAACAAACCUUAAUUUAACAACAAUCUUUUAUUUAAUUAAUCAACAAAAACCUUGAUUUAUCAAAAAGAUGACAAAUUUAAUAUCUUAUGGGUCAAACACAGUUCUUUCCCCUUUCCCUGACCCAUCAAGAUUCCGGCCCAUAAAUCCAUUGCUGACAAAAACCACCCAAUUUGUCAAGACUCAUAAACUGGGCACUGCUACUUCUUUAACUGUUGCAAGAUUCGGGCCGGGCCAGGUUCAGUUUCCUGACCCGGAAAAGUUCAAAGAUUUAAUAGACAGAGCUGAAGGGCUUCUUUACACACUUGCUGAUGCUGCUGUUGUUAAUACUAAUGAUUCUGGUAUUACUAAUACUAAACAGAAUAAUGAUUGGUUUUCUGGGAUUGCUAAUUAUAUGGAAACUGUUCUUAAGUUUUUGAAGGACGGCCUCUCUACGCUUCAUGUUCCAUAUGCAUAUGGCUUUGCGAUUAUACUCCUCACUGUUCUCGUGAAGGCGGCAACAUUUCCUUUAUCGAAAAAGCAGGUGGAAUCUGCAAUGGCAAUGCGAUCUUUGCAACCACAAAUAAAGGCUAUUCAGGAACGGUAUGCUGGUGAUCAGGAACGAAUUCAGCUUGAAACUGCAAGGUUGUACAAACUUGCGAAAAUUAAUCCGUUGGCAGGAUGCUUGCCGACACUUGCCACAAUACCCGUCUGGAUUGGUCUUUAUAGAGCUCUCUCUAAUGUUGCAGAUGAGGGACUUUUGGCUGAAGGUUUUUUCUGGAUACCAUCCCUUGCUGGUCCAACAACUAUUGCUGCUCGGCAGAGUGGCAGUGGCAUAUCCUGGCUCUUUCCUUUCAUAGAUGGUCAUCCUCCCCUCGGUUGGUCAGAUACAUUUGCAUAUCUUGUGUUGCCAGUGCUCCUCGUGAUUUCUCAAUACAUAUCCGUCCAGAUCAUGCAGUCAUCACAACCACAGAGCGACGAUCCGAAUAUGAAGACUUCUCAAACCAUAACCAAAUUCUUGCCAUUGAUGAUUGGUUAUUUUGCACUUUCAGUGCCUUCUGGACUAAGUCUUUACUGGCUCACCAACAAUAUAUUGAGUUCAGGACAACAAAUUUGGCUUCAAAAGAUGGGUGGUGCUAAUAAUCCAGCAAAAAAAAUUAACUUUGAAGCUCUUAAGGAAGAACAAACCAAAGUUCAGGAGCCUGUGUUUCGAAGUACAUCAGUUAAAGAACCGCCCAAAACAGAGAAGACGGAUGCACAAGGCUAUCGUCCUGGUGAGAGAUUUAAACAAUUAAAAGAACAAGAAGCUAGGAGGAAGCAGAAAAAGUUGGCAGAACAAGCUCAGGAUAUUUCGUUGACAAAUGAAGUUGUUAGGGGAGAUACGAAAGUUGAUCAGUCUCUUAAUGGAGAUCCUUCGUCCUCAAAUUACAAUCAAGUUGAGAAAACUUUAAUUUCUAAGAUGGGAGAUGAUGGGGAUUCUGUUCAUUAUAGUAGCAGGAGGGAUCAACAGAAUAUGGAUGAAAAUUUUGAAAAGGAAAAAGCAGCUGCUUAUACCACAGAAAACAAAAGCUCCGCUGAGGACAAAAAUCAGGAAGAAUGAGCAUGAGCAACCGAUCAAAUUAGCAGAACGGUUGUACCUUACCAGAUCCACGUACAAGUUUACUACCAAAUAAUGGGAGUACAAAAUGAACAUGAUUUACGCCGUGAACAUGAAACCAUAUAUGCAUACAAUCAUGUUCCAAUUGAAUAUACGAAAGGUCAAGUGUAGAUACAUAUUCUAUUCCAGAGUAUGACAAAGUUUCAUGGGAGUAGUAUAGAUACAAGGUUGGGAUAUAUCCUGUUAAGGUUGAGUUUCAAGAAUAGUUAGGUUAUGAAAACUUAGAUUGUGGGGUAUGAAAUUCCUCCCAGUAUUGCGUAGACGUUCUUUCUACCAUCUUUUUGUGUAUGCCUGAUUCCUAUUUGUUUUAAUGCACUUGCUUACAUCGACAAAAAUGUAUACUUAGGACAAUCUACGUUUUUUUUUUCUUUU